GAGGGGCGGGCCCUGACGGGGGCGGAGAACUUCGGGUCUUGGGCGGCUCUGGGGCUAGUGGGAGUCUGCGCCGCCGCCGCCGCCGCCACCGCUGCUGCCGCCGUCGACGCUACCGCCGCCGCCACUGGCCGAGCGGUUUUUUUUUUUUUGGUUUGCCGGAUCCGCCAUAUUGACGACGACGGGCAUCCGCGGCUGCGGACGCUAGUCUCCGCCGCCGCCGGAGCCGCAACCUCUCCGCACCCGGCCCCGUCAGGGCCUCUGUCGCGCCGAGCCCCUCCCCGCCUUACACAGCUCCUGGGCCUCGCGGGAGCCCGCCGCCGCCGCCUCUCUCUCACGGGAGGCGGCCGCGUUAGCGCCCGGUGCUUGGGUCGGCGCCGGGAGCGAGGAGCGAGCUACUUCAAAGCCACCGGGCCUGGAGCGGGGACAGAGGCGGCGACUAGGGGAAGGUGAAGCCGUCGCUGCAGGAGGAGGAGCAGGAGGAGGUGACGCAGGAGAAACGCACCGCCCGGAGCCCGUCUGAGCUCUGCGAGAGCCCCAGCCUGAGGGGAGAAGGGGAAGAGGGCCGUCGCCGGCCAAGGAGGAGGAGGAGGAGGCGGGCGCGGCGAGGAGCGAGUUCCGGCGCCGCUGUGCAGCCUUUUGGUUGAGACGCCCGCAGCCCCGAGCCCGGCCGCCGCAGCCUUUCGAUACACUUUGUUGCCGGUCACCCCCGGGCCUGGGAUGCACCCAGGGUAGGUCUCGUCCCGGGACCCAGCCCCACCGUCGCCUGGUGCCUCCCGCCUCCGUGUGCCCUGGUUGCGAGAAGACGUCUGUGUCGUGCGGUUAUGCAAUGGUCUCUGCAAGAUGGUUUAUUCUUGAAUUGGACCUUUUUAAGACUGACAAAUGCUGGUACUUCAUCUUCUAUAAGUGGACUAUAAUUUCUUUUCUCAAGACAACUACAUAAGCAGACAAAAUUGCAAAGAUCUGCCCUGUGUCGAGUAUGACAGCCACGACUCGUGGCUCUCCGGUCGGAGGGAAUGACAACCAGGGCCAGGCUCCUGAUGGACAGUCUCAGCCCCCCCUCCAACAGAAUCAGACUUCAUCGCCUGAUUCUUCCAAUGAAAAUUCCCCGGCAACUCCCCCAGAUGAGCAAGGUCAAGGUGAUGCCCCACCACAGCUUGAAGAUGAGGAACCUGCAUUUCCACAUACUGACUUGGCCAAGUUGGAUGACAUGAUCAACAGGCCUCGAUGGGUGGUUCCAGUUUUGCCGAAAGGGGAAUUAGAAGUGCUUUUAGAAGCUGCUAUUGAUCUUAGUAAAAAAGGCCUUGAUGUUAAAAGUGAAGCAUGUCAGCGAUUUUUCCGUGAUGGGCUAACAAUAUCAUUCACUAAAAUUCUUACAGAUGAAGCAGUGAGUGGCUGGAAGUUUGAAAUUCAUAGGUGUAUUAUUAACAAUACUCAUCGUCUGGUGGAGCUAUGUGUGGCCAAGUUGUCCCAAGACUGGUUUCCACUUUUAGAACUUCUUGCCAUGGCCUUAAAUCCUCAUUGCAAAUUCCAUAUCUACAAUGGUACACGUCCAUGUGAAUCAGUUUCCUCAAGUGUUCAGUUGCCUGAAGAUGAACUCUUUGCUCGUUCUCCAGAUCCUCGAUCACCAAAGGGUUGGCUAGUGGAUCUUCUCAACAAAUUUGGCACUUUAAAUGGGUUCCAGAUUUUGCAUGAUCGUUUUAUUAAUGGAUCAGCAUUAAACGUUCAAAUAAUUGCAGCCCUUAUUAAACCAUUUGGGCAAUGCUAUGAGUUUCUCACUCUUCAUACAGUGAAAAAGUACUUUCUUCCAAUAAUAGAAAUGGUUCCACAGUUUUUAGAAAACUUAACUGAUGAAGAACUGAAAAAAGAAGCCAAGAAUGAAGCCAAAAAUGAUGCUCUUUCAAUGAUUAUUAAAUCUUUGAAGAAUUUAGCUUCAAGGGUUCCAGGACAAGAAGAAACUGUUAAAAACUUAGAAAUAUUUAGGUUAAAAAUGAUACUUAGAUUAUUGCAAAUUUCUUCUUUCAAUGGAAAGAUGAAUGCACUGAAUGAAGUUAAUAAGGUGAUAUCUAGUGUAUCAUACUAUACCCAUCGACAUGGUAAUCCUGAGGAGGAAGAGUGGCUCACAGCUGAACGAAUGGCAGAAUGGAUACAGCAGAACAAUAUCUUAUCCAUAGUGUUGCGAGAUAGUCUUCAUCAGCCACAAUAUGUAGAAAAGUUAGAGAAGAUUCUUCGUUUUGUCAUCAAAGAAAAAGCUCUGACCUUACAGGAUCUUGAUAAUAUCUGGGCAGCACAGGCAGGGAAACAUGAAGCCAUUGUGAAGAAUGUACAUGAUCUCCUGGCAAAAUUGGCAUGGGAUUUUUCUCCUGAACAACUUGAUCAUCUUUUUGAUUGUUUUAAGGCCAGUUGGACAAAUGCAAGUAAAAAGCAACGUGAAAAGCUACUUGAGCUGAUACGUCGUCUUGCAGAAGAUGAUAAAGAUGGUGUGAUGGCACACAAAGUGUUGAACCUUCUGUGGAAUCUGGCUCACAGUGAUGAUGUGCCUGUAGAUAUCAUGGACCUGGCUCUCAGUGCCCACAUAAAAAUACUAGAUUACAGUUGCUCCCAGGACCGUGAUACACAAAAGAUCCAAUGGAUAGAUCGCUUUAUAGAAGAACUUCGCACAAAUGACAAAUGGGUUAUUCCCGCACUGAAACAAAUUAGAGAAAUUUGUAGUUUGUUUGGUGAAGCGCCUCAAAAUUUGAGUCAAACUCAGCGAAGUCCCCAUGUGUUUUAUCGCCAUGACUUAAUCAAUCAACUUCAACACAAUCAUGCCCUAGUUACUUUGGUAGCAGAAAACCUUGCAACUUACAUGGAAAGCAUGAGACUAUAUGCUAGAGACCAUGAAGAUUAUGACCCACAAACUGUGAGGCUGGGAAGUAGAUAUAGUCAUGUUCAAGAAGUUCAAGAACGGCUUAACUUCCUUAGAUUUUUAUUGAAGGAUGGCCAGCUGUGGCUAUGUGCUCCUCAGGCAAAACAAAUAUGGAAAUGCUUAGCUGAGAAUGCAGUUUACCUUUGUGAUCGUGAAGCCUGUUUUAAGUGGUAUUCCAAGUUGAUGGGGGAUGAACCAGACUUAGAUCCUGAUAUUAAUAAGGACUUCUUUGAAAGUAAUGUGCUUCAGCUUGAUCCUUCUCUGUUAACUGAAAAUGGAAUGAAGUGUUUUGAGCGAUUCUUCAAAGCUGUGAAUUGUCGAGAAGGAAAACUAGUAGCAAAAAGGAGAGCCUAUAUGAUGGAUGACUUGGAGUUAAUAGGAUUAGAUUACCUUUGGAGGGUCGUGAUUCAGAGUAAUGAUGAUAUUGCCAGCAGAGCUAUAGAUCUCCUCAAAGAGAUAUACACAAACCUUGGUCCAAGACUACAAGUCAAUCAGGUGGUGAUCCAUGAAGACUUCAUUCAGUCUUGUUUUGAUCGUCUGAAGGCUUCCUAUGACACAUUGUGUGUUUUGGAUGGUGACAAAGACAGUGUUAAUUGUGCAAGACAGGAAGCUGUUCGAAUGGUUCGAGUAUUAACUGUUUUAAGGGAAUAUAUAAAUGAAUGUGACAGUGAUUAUCAUGAGGAAAGAACAAUUCUCCCUAUGUCGAGAGCAUUCCGCGGUAAACACCUCUCUUUUGUAGUUCGAUUUCCAAACCAGGGCAGACAGGUUGAUGACUUGGAGGUAUGGUCUCAUACAAAUGAUACAAUUGGUUCAGUACGACGAUGUAUUCUCAAUCGUAUUAAAGCCAACGUAGCCCAUACAAAAAUUGAGCUCUUUGUGGGCGGUGAGCUGAUAGAUCCUGCAGAUGAUAGAAAGUUGAUUGGACAAUUAAACUUAAAAGAUAAAUCGCUUAUUACAGCCAAACUUACACAGAUAAGUUCCAAUAUGCCUUCAAGCCCUGAUAGCUCUUCUGAUUCCUCCACUGGAUCUCCUGGAAACCAUGGUAAUCAUUACAGUGAUGGUCCCAAUCCAGAAGUGGAAAGCUGUUUGCCUGGAGUGAUAAUGUCACUGCAUCCCAGAUACAUCUCUUUUCUUUGGCAAGUUGCAGACUUAGGUAGCAGCCUAAAUAUGCCACCCCUUAGAGAUGGAGCAAGAGUACUUAUGAAACUUAUGCCGCCAGAUAGCACAACGAUAGAAAAAUUAAGAGCUAUUUGUUUAGACCAUGCCAAACUUGGAGAAAGCAGCCUUAGUCCAUCUCUUGACUCACUUUUCUUUGGUCCUUCAGCCUCACAAGUGCUAUAUCUAACAGAGGUAGUCUAUGCCUUGUUAAUGCCUGCUGGUGCACCUCUGGCUGAUGAUUCCUCUGAUUUUCAGUUUCACUUCUUGAAAAGUGGUGGCCUACCCCUUGUACUGAGUAUGCUAACCAGAAAUAACUUCCUACCAAAUGCAGAUAUGGAAACUCGAAGGGGUGCCUACCUCAAUGCUCUUAAAAUAGCCAAGCUUUUGCUAACUGCCAUUGGCUAUGGUCAUGUUCGAGCUGUGGCAGAAGCUUGUCAGCCAGGUGUAGAAGGUGUGAAUCCCAUGACACAGAUCAACCAAGUUACCCAUGAUCAAGCAGUGGUGCUACAAAGUGCCCUUCAGAGCAUUCCUAAUCCAUCAUCCGAGUGCAUGCUUAGAAAUGUGUCAGUUCGUCUUGCUCAGCAGAUAUCUGAUGAGGCUUCAAGAUAUAUGCCUGAUAUUUGUGUAAUUAGAGCUAUUCAAAAAAUUAUCUGGGCAUCAGGAUGUGGGUCGUUACAGCUAGUAUUUAGCCCAAAUGAAGAAAUCACUAAAAUUUAUGAGAAGACCAAUGCAGGCAAUGAGCCAGACUUGGAAGACGAACAGGUUUGCUGUGAAGCAUUGGAAGUGAUGACCUUAUGUUUUGCCUUGAUUCCAACAGCCUUAGAUGCUCUUAGUAAAGAAAAGGCUUGGCAGACAUUCAUCAUUGACUUACUAUUGCACUGUCACAGCAAAACUGUUCGUCAGGUGGCACAGGAGCAGUUCUUUUUAAUGUGCACCAGAUGUUGCAUGGGACACCGGCCUCUACUUUUCUUCAUUACUCUACUCUUUACUGUUUUGGGGAGCACAGCAAGAGAGAGAGCUAAACACUCAGGCGACUACUUUACUCUUUUAAGACACCUUCUUAAUUACGCUUACAAUAGUAAUAUUAAUGUACCCAAUGCUGAAGUUCUUCUCAAUAAUGAAAUUGAUUGGCUUAAAAGAAUUAGGGAUGAUGUUAAAAGAACAGGAGAAACGGGUAUUGAAGAGACGAUCUUAGAGGGCCACCUUGGAGUGACAAAGGAGUUACUGGCCUUUCAAACUUCUGAGAAAAAAUUUCAUAUUGGUUGUGAAAAAGGAGGUGCUAAUCUCAUUAAAGAAUUAAUUGAUGAUUUCAUAUUUCCUGCAUCCAAUGUUUACCUACAGUAUAUGAGAAAUGGAGAGCUUCCAGCUGAACAGGCUAUUCCGGUCUGUGGUUCACCACCUACAAUUAAUGCUGGUUUUGAAUUACUUGUAGCAUUAGCUGUUGGCUGUGUGAGGAAUCUCAAACAAAUAGUAGAUUCUUUGACUGAAAUGUAUUACAUUGGCACAGCAAUAACUACUUGUGAAGCACUUACUGAGUGGGAAUAUCUGCCACCUGUUGGACCCCGCCCACCCAAAGGAUUCGUGGGGCUGAAAAAUGCCGGUGCUACUUGUUACAUGAAUUCUGUGAUUCAGCAACUCUACAUGAUUCCUUCCAUUAGGAACGGUAUUCUUGCCAUUGAAGGCACAGGUAGUGAUGUAGAUGAUGAUAUGUCUGGGGAUGAGAAGCAGGACAAUGAGAGCAAUGUUGAUCCCAGGGAUGAUGUAUUUGGAUAUCCUCAACAAUUUGAAGAUAAACCAGCAUUAAGUAAAACUGAAGAUAGAAAAGAGUACAACAUUGGUGUCCUAAGACACCUUCAGGUCAUCUUCGGUCAUUUAGCUGCUUCUCGACUGCAAUACUAUGUGCCCAGAGGAUUUUGGAAACAGUUCAGGCUUUGGGGUGAGCCUGUUAAUCUGCGUGAACAACACGAUGCUUUAGAAUUUUUUAAUUCAUUGGUGGAUAGUUUAGAUGAAGCUUUAAAAGCUUUAGGACAUCCAGCUAUGCUAAGUAAAGUCUUAGGAGGUUCCUUUGCUGAUCAGAAGAUCUGCCAAGGCUGUCCACAUAGGUACGAAUGUGAAGAAUCUUUUACGACCCUAAACGUAGACAUUAGAAAUCACCAAAAUCUUCUUGAUUCUUUGGAACAGUAUGUCAAAGGAGAUUUACUAGAAGGUGCAAAUGCAUAUCAUUGUGAAAAAUGCAAUAAAAAGGUUGAUACCGUAAAGCGCUUGCUGAUUAAAAAAUUACCUCCUGUUCUUGCUAUACAACUAAAGCGAUUUGACUAUGACUGGGAAAGAGAAUGUGCAAUCAAGUUCAAUGAUUAUUUUGAAUUUCCUCGAGAGCUGGACAUGGAACCUUACACAGUUGCAGGUGUCGCAAAGCUGGAAGGGGAUAAUGUAAACCCAGAGAGUCAGUUGAUACAACAGAGUGAGCAGUCUGAAAGUGAGACAGCAGGAAGCACAAAAUACAGACUUGUGGGUGUGCUCGUACACAGUGGUCAAGCGAGUGGGGGGCAUUAUUAUUCUUACAUCAUCCAAAGGAAUGGUGGAGAUGGUGAGAGAAAUCGCUGGUAUAAAUUUGAUGAUGGUGAUGUAACAGAAUGUAAAAUGGAUGAUGACGAAGAAAUGAAAAACCAGUGUUUUGGUGGAGAGUACAUGGGAGAAGUGUUUGAUCACAUGAUGAAGCGUAUGUCAUACAGGCGCCAGAAAAGGUGGUGGAAUGCUUAUAUACUUUUUUAUGAACGAAUGGACACAAUAGACCAAGAUGAUGAGUUGAUAAGAUAUAUAUCAGAGCUUGCUAUCACCACCAGACCUCAUCAGAUUAUUAUGCCAUCAGCCAUUGAGAGAAGUGUACGGAAACAGAACGUACAAUUCAUGCAUAACCGAAUGCAGUACAGUAUGGAGUAUUUUCAGUUUAUGAAAAAACUGCUUACAUGUAAUGGCGUUUACUUAAACCCUCCUCCCGGGCAAGAUCACCUGUUGCCUGAAGCAGAAGAAAUCACUAUGAUCAGUAUUCAACUUGCUGCUAGGUUCCUCUUUACUACAGGAUUUCACACAAAGAAAGUAGUCCGUGGCUCUGCCAGUGAUUGGUAUGAUGCAUUGUGUAUUCUCCUUCGUCACAGCAAGAAUGUACGUUUUUGGUUUGCUCAUAACGUCCUUUUUAAUGUUUCAAAUCGCUUCUCCGAAUACCUUCUGGAGUGCCCUAGUGCAGAAGUGAGGGGUGCGUUUGCAAAACUUAUAGUCUUUAUUGCACAUUUUUCCUUGCAAGAUGGGCCAUGUCCUUCACCUUUUGCCUCUCCUGGACCUUCUAGUCAGGCUUAUGACAACUUAAGCUUGAGUGAUCACUUACUAAGAGCAGUACUAAAUCUCUUGAGAAGGGAAGUUUCAGAGCAUGGGCGUCAUUUACAGCAGUAUUUCAACCUGUUUGUAAUGUAUGCCAAUUUAGGUGUGGCAGAGAAGACACAGCUUCUGAAAUUGAGUGUACCUGCUACUUUUAUGCUUGUGUCUUUAGAUGAAGGUCCAGGUCCUCCAAUCAAAUACCAGUAUGCUGAAUUAGGCAAAUUAUACUCAGUAGUGUCACAGCUGAUCCGCUGUUGCAAUGUCUCUUCAAGAAUGCAGUCUUCAAUCAAUGGUAAUCCUCCUCUUCCCAAUCCUUUUGGUGAUCCUAAUUUAUCACAACCUAUAAUGCCAAUUCAGCAGAAUGUGGCAGACAUUUUAUUUGUGAGAACAAGUUAUGUGAAGAAAAUCAUUGAAGACUGCAGUAAUUCAGAGGAAACCGUCAAAUUGCUUCGUUUUUGCUGCUGGGAGAAUCCUCAGUUCUCAUCUACUGUCCUCAGUGAACUUCUCUGGCAGGUUGCAUAUUCCUAUACCUAUGAACUGCGGCCCUAUUUGGAUCUGCUUUUGCAAAUCUUACUGAUUGAGGACUCCUGGCAAACUCACAGAAUUCAUAAUGCACUGAAAGGAAUUCCAGAUGACCGAGAUGGGCUGUUUGACACAAUCCAGCGCUCUAAGAAUCACUAUCAAAAAAGAGCAUACCAGUGUAUAAAAUGUAUGGUAGCUCUAUUUAGUAACUGUCCUGUUGCUUACCAAAUCCUGCAGGGCAAUGGAGAUCUUAAAAGAAAGUGGACCUGGGCAGUGGAAUGGCUUGGAGAUGAACUUGAAAGAAGACCAUAUACUGGCAAUCCUCAGUACACUUACAACAAUUGGUCUCCCCCAGUGCAAAGCAAUGAAACGUCCAAUGGUUAUUUCUUGGAGAGAUCACAUAGUGCUAGGAUGACACUUGCAAAAGCUUGUGAACUCUGUCCAGAGGAGGUAAAAAAAGCCACCAGUGUGCAGCAGAUAGAAAUGGAAGAGAGCAAAGAGCCAGAUGACCAAGAUGCUCCAGAUGAACAUGAGUCACCUCCACCUGAAGAUGCCCCAUUGUACCCCCAUUCACCUGGAUCUCAGUAUCAACAGAAUAACCAUGUGCAUGGACAGCCAUAUACAGGCCCAGCAGCACAUCACAUGAACAACCCUCAGAGAACUGGCCAACGAGCACAAGAAAAUUAUGAAGGCAGUGAAGAAGUAUCCCCACCUCAAACCAAGGAUCAAUGAAAUGCACAUAAUUAACUGGUUCCAUCAAGACUGUGCACCCAGGCCUUACAGUCCAACCUUUUUCUGUGUCUGGCUAAUAUUUAAAACUAGAAAAACUAUUCCUAAUCAACAUGGAGUGGAGAGUUUAUUCACUGUCUUAUCUGCAGAAAUUUGCUGUCAAUAUAUAACCCGCCUGCAGUGGAAAGUGUAUAGUGUUUUGUAAUAAAUGGCCUGAUGCUAAUGUGUAAAUGGCAAAGGUGUAUAUAGUAUAUUAAUGUUGACUGUUAAUUCUUAAGCAAGAAACUUUUUUCUUGAUGAGACUCACAGAUCUACACAAACUACAAAAGUUAAUUUUCUUGUUAAACCCACUGCACUCUGCAACCAGUGUUGCCUGCCUCAUGGCAGUUGGAUCAGCUCCUUUACAAAAAAAAAAAAAACAA